AUGGCCGGACAGAUAUCCAACAGCACAGAUUACAAGCUGCGCGAGAUCUUGAACAACGACAAAGCGCACAUUGGUGCGCUGUACCGGAGAGCGCGCGCGCUCCAGACGUCAGCAGACUCGUUUAACGUGGUGUCGACAGACGUUGCGUCCUCAAUCAAGAUUCUUGAUGAAAUUGCUACCGGACUUGCAAAGGAAAAGGAGGAGAUGGUCAGGAACGCAAAGGAACGCGAUGCUCUGUCUGAGCGAGGAAAUAAUGCCCGAGAGGUGGAACGAGCAGGGAUGCUGAGGCUGCAACUGAGCAAAUGGACUGAUCGGACUGAGAAGUUAUGUGAGCAGAGCAACCAAAAGGCUCAGGAGGCCAAGGCCAAAAUGCAUGAGUUGCGGGCGAUUCACCGAAAGCUGACUGAGGAGCAUACGGAGAAGAGCAAGGAAAUGGAGCGUCUAGACAUUUUGGGGCCCCAAAUGGAAAAGACAAGCAUAUCUUGCAGAGGUUUUACGCAGAUCCGGAAACGAGAGGCCACGCAGCAGGGCCAGGAAAACAGCAGUUCAGUUCAUGGGAUGGGAAAUGCUACAUCUUUUAUACGGAAUUCAAAGGGAACCGCUAAAUACAGUAAAUCAUAUGGCAUCGACAGCGAGUUAUAA